CUUGGAAGGAGGAAGAAGGAGGAGGAGGAGGAAGGAGACAUUGGCAAAUGAGCGAGCUCGGAGGAGCUUGCUUGGCGCCGUGUCGGCAGCGGCUGAUCCCUUGCUCGACGGGCGGCGGGAGGGGCGAGUGGGGGCGUCCGAAGCAGCGCCGGUUCUUGCGGUGCCGCGCCGCCAGCCGCCACCGCGGGACGGCGGGGAAGGAGGCCCCCACUUACACGUCCAGGAUCGCCACCGACAUUCCGCUUUACGAAGCUCCCGGGGCUUCGUUCGAUCGGUAUCUGGAGGAUAAGCCCAGGGUGUUCCAAGCCAUCUUCCCUGAUAAACGCAGGAGCCAGCAGCUCAACGAGGAUCAGUGGAGAAUUCAGAUGCUGCCCAUACAAUUCCUAUUCCUGACCGUCUGGCCUGUAAUAGACAUGAGAUUGAGAUGCAAAUCAACGGGGAGAGAUUAUCCGCCACAAAUUCCUCAAGAUGUUUCUAAAGUUCUUGAACUUGAUAUUACACGGUGGGAGCUCCAAGGGCUAGACAGCGUUCUUGAGCCGUCUCAUUUUGCGCUUGGUGUAAAAGGAGCACUUUACCCAGAUAGACGAGGAACAAGGAGCCGACUCAAAGGUCAGCUAGAGAUGAGCAUAAGCUUUGUCCUACCUCCAAUGCUUGCUCUGGUUCCUGCAGAUGUCCGCCAAAGUGUUGCAGAAUCAGUGAGAAAAUCAAAGCCGCCUAAAGUUCACCAUCAAUGUGUUUAUUUGUAUUGACGAGGCUGGUAGAGAACAUGAAGCACAAAGUUAACGGUAGCUUGCUUGCAGAUUAUAGCAAAUUCAAACGAGAGCAACCGAGGCAGCUGGUUUAAGUCCAUCCAUGACAGGGCAGUGAGCAUGCCUAAGGUGAAAGUUGAGACCAGUGCCCCGCACUGGACAGACAGCCUGAAGAAUCUUUCUUACGUGCCAGGAUCAUUGCAUUUUUCGCUAACUGAACUCCAUCAGUCCACUUACACGUUGCCUCAAUGCGGAUAUAGCAAAAUAUGGCUGAUGUGCAAGAGCACCCCUGAAGGUCUAUAUGUAGCAGUAGUCAGAUGUAGGCAUUGCUGUCAGUCUCUCAUUCUUGAAUAAUUUCUUCACUUUUCACUAAUUAGGACAUGUCCGAAUAUACCGGCUUAACUUUCAAAAUUGUAAGCCAUUUUGUAUUGGCAUGUUAUCUAAUUUGAGAUGUGAACAAGAUCUGCAAAUUCAUCAAUUAUGGUGCAACACCAGAAUGCAGGGCUUUUCAAUGUUAAUGGCAGCCCUACCUUUCUUUGACA